AACUUGUUUUAUAUUUUUGUUUUCUAUAUGUUGGUUAAUUUUGUAUCUCUUGCUAUACCGAUAUUAUAUGUGUUAUUUGCCACACAGAGUCUGUAGAUAAUUUUGGUUAUAUACAGAGGAGUCUAGGAAAAGACUCAUGGGUCUGAUUCCCAGUGCUACCGUUUCCUCCUUGUGUGGCUUUUGACAAAUUACUUUUCUCUGCAUUCUUAAAAUGUGGAUAAUAUUAUUACCUGUCUCAUAGAAUUGUUAAGAAAAUUACAAAAGUGGUCUCAUGUAGUAUAUUAAAUUUUUCAAAAAAUAUUAGUUUUGUUAUAAAGUUUAUUUGCUUUUAGCUUGACCUAGGAUUUAGAAUAUAUAAAUUCUAUUUUUCUUCCACUAGAGGUCCCCUCUGUGUUUGUAAAAAGCACACAAACCAAUUUUCUCUGAUACUUAAGCAAGAUUCCCUCAUUAAUUCCUAAGGAUGGACUGAGAUUGAGCCUCAUACCCUUUCUCAUGUCAUUCAUAUGGGAGGCAUCAAACAUCACAAUCUCAGAGAACAUUUUGGUCUACACGCCUUAAGUCUCUCUGUGUAGCGUCUGGGAUAUCAGAACAGUCAUUGAAAUUGGGGUGGGGUCAGUGUGCGGGACAAAUUACAGUUCCAGUGAUCCGUUUCCUUACAUCCUUUGCUACACUUCCAUGCCUCUUCUGAAUUCUUGGCAUCUCACAGAGAGUUGAGGCAGUCACCUGGUGUAACAGCAACGUGAAAGAGUAGUGGCUGUGGAAUCUAAUGACCUUGGCUCUGCUAGUUACUAAAGGUGAGUUGUUAGGUAAGGUUACGUUUCAGUUUCAGCUUCUGCAAAAAAAAAAAAAAAAAAAAAAAAAAAAAAAUGAGGGGGAUAAAAAUACAUAUCUCAGAAGGUAGCUCUAAAUAAGAUAAUAUUUUUCAAGAACCUGGCACAUAGUGGGAGUCUGUAAUUAUUAAUUACCUCAUUUUCCCAACUGUGAUCCAGUAUUUUUCAGUUUCUUUCUAUCCCUGCAAGUAGUUAGACUACUUUUCUCUAUACUCAUAUCUAUAGAGCAGCAACUUCCAUUGACCCAGGGAGAACUCAGUCAUUAAAAUGGGAAUAGCAGUUUAUGCAGUUUGAAGAAGAUUCUAGAGUAAUUGGAUGAUUAGUAUCAGAAGUUUUGGGUCUGAGAGUCUUUCUUCAAGUGAUGAACAUUGCUCUUAAUAUCAAUGAGAGGUUUUUUCUUGGAAUAUAGGAAAGAGACGGACCAGCCCCGAGGAAGUGGUGGAGGAAGAAUUACCAUACAAUUUCCUCAUGUUCAUUAUAAACAAUUUGUUUUUAGGACACAGAAGUUAUUGAUCUUAAUGACCAUGUACAAUGUGAGUGACCAUGGUACAAGCCCCUUCACCCUUUUGGGCAUCCCCGGACUUGAGCAGUACCACUUCUGGACCAGCAUCCCGUUCUGCUUUAUCUAUCUCGUGACUGUCGUGGCCAGCAGUAUCCUUCUCUACCUCAUUGUGGUGGAGCACAGUCUUCAUGCACCCAUGUUCUUUUUCCUUUCCAUGCUGGCCAUUACUGACCUCAUAUUGUCCACCGUAUGUGUCCCCAAAACAUUUAGCAUCUUCUGGUUUGGUUCAAAAAUCAGUUUUCCUGGCUGUCUCACCCAAUUAUUCUUUCUGCACUAUAGCUUUGUGUUGGACUCAGUUAUACUGCUGGCCAUGGCAUUUGACUGCUAUAUGGCCAUCUGCUCACCUUUGAGAUACACUACUAUUCUGACUCCCAAAACCAUUAUCAAAAUUGCUGUGAGAAUAUGUUUCCGAAGUCUCUGUGUUUUUGUCCCGUGUGUUUUCCUUGUGAAUCAUUUACCCUUCUGCAGGACACAUAUCAUUUCUCACACAUAGUGUGAGCACAUAGGUGUUGCCCAGCUUGCCUGUGUUGAUAUCUCCAUCAAUAUCUGGUAUGGAUUUUGUAUUCCUAUUAUGACAGUGAUGACGGAUGUGAUCCUCAUUGCUGUCUCCUACACCCUCAUCCUCUAUGCUGUCUUUUGUCUCCCCUCCCGAGAUGCCCGGCAGAAGGCCCUUGGCACCUGUGGUUCCCAUGUCUGUGUUAUCCUCGUAUUCUAUAUACCAGCAUUCUUCUCCAUCCUUGCUCAUCGCUUUGGGCAUAAUGUCCCUCAUACCUUUCAUAUGAUGUUUGCCAACCUUUACGUAAUCAUCCCACCUGCUUUCAACCUUAUUGUCUACAGAGUAAAGACCAAGCAGAUCUGGAACAGAAUCCUUCUUCUGCUGUUUCCCAAGGGGUCCCAGUGAUAGGUGCCUGAGCUCUUGGAGGUAGGGACAAGUUCCUAGUGUAUGUUGGGUCAAAGACUGAACCUGUGUUCAGAUGCCCAAGAAAAAGGACAGACUAAAAUUUAUUAACGAGAACUUGAGUUUUGCUUUCUUUGUGAUUUGAGGCAGAAGUCUACUCAAUCAUUCCAGUUAUAGCAAAGUAAGUUCUGAGUCUAGGAAAUAAUAAAUAUUUUUUGACUUCUAGAAACAAGAACUUUUGUAAUUCCUUAUGAUUGCUCUAAAGUGAUUAUAAAACUUUUAAUGAAGACAAUGUAAUGAUUGGCAAAUCUCAAUGGUUUUUCAGAUGUAUAUAUCAUAGUAGUUUAUUUAUACACCAUAGCAAGGCAGUAAAUUACCUCUUUGAUGAUUCUGCAGGGUUCUGAGUUUUUACUUUGUUCACAUCUAUUAAUUUCUAGACAAUAUCAAGUAUAAUAUGUAGCAUACACUAGGGACAUACAAUGCUUAUCAAAUAAAUAAAUGGCAAAUAAUCAUAAAAUUAUUAACUUAAGAGUGCAGGUGUUUAUAUUAAGCAAAGGGAUAAGGCAAUGAUAAAACUCAAUGUUUAACUCAACCUUGAGAAAGCCAAAUGAGAUGUAGGUGGGUGGAGUUUUCCACAAGGAAUAAAAGGAGGGAGGCAAAUUCCUAUGGCUAGUAAAAUGGUAAAGCAUAUACAGACUAAGAAGUGGGUUUGAGACUUGACCAAUUGGAAGCACUAGUGGUCUCAAUUUUUUUUUCAUGUUUGUAUCUUCAUAGAGAUGUAGUCACAAGCCAAAAAUGUACCUCUGUAUGAUUCAUUAUCUCUUCAAAUCCAAUAUGCAUAACUUGGUCAUAGUGAGUCAUUCAGUCACUCGGUCAAUAAUAAUUAUUUUUAGGUGUUUGCCAGGUAGUAAUGAUAGUCAAUGUCUUCUUUCCCCUUCAAAUCUGAUAUGUCCUCAAAACCUGUGUUUUUUUUCUAAAUAACCUCUUGGGUUCCCCAGCUGAUUGCAGGCUCUACCCCAGUAGUUCAAACCCUCACUGCUUUCACUUGACUCAAAAUGUCAGAGUCAUUCAUGGUGUUUUUACCUUAAGACCACUUUGCCAUCCCUGUGCUACUACCCUUUUCAUGUAUCAUUAAAUUUUUAUUUCUACAAUGGCUCUCAACAUAUAGUUUUAAUAGAAAAGGAUGUCCUUUGGACCCAGAGAAUUGUAUUUGAAUUUAUAUUCUAUCUCUUAACGUGUGACAAUAGCUACAUACAUUGUUUCCAAAAUUAUUUGAUGUAUUUUGCAUACCAUAAAUAAAAAUAUAGUCAGGUGCCACUUAACAAUGAGGCUACAGUCUCAUAAAUGUAUUGUUAGGUGAUUUUAUUAUUGUGCAAAUCUCAUAGAGCAUACUUACAUAAAUCUGUGUGAUAUAGCCUUGGCUCUAUAAUAUAUUCUAUAGCUCCUAGGCUACGAAACUGUACAUCAUGUUACUAUACCGAAUAUUGCAGGGAAGUGUAAUACAAUGGUAUUUGUGCAUCUAAACAUGUCUAAACAUAGACAAGGUACUCUAUAAUAGGUAUUGUAAUCUUAUGGGACCAUUGUUCAGAAACAUUGUUAUGUGGCAUAUUACAAAGUAUAAAUAGAAAAGGCAAAAAGGAAAAUAGACAGAUUUUUAAAAAUUAAGACAAAAAAUAGGCUGAAAAUACACUUUCCACCUGCUAUGAAUUUUUGUUCUCUUAUUAUAUGUGGGUCAGAAAUUCAGCUGUAAGCUUUCUAGCAGUCUGUGUGAGAGUUAAACAUGAUUAGCUAAAUCAUUCAUGAUAGCUAUAAGUUCAGACAGUUAAUUGUUAGAGAAGCCAAACUACUCUUGAUAUGAAGAACAGAGAAAUAUCUUCAGAAAGCUCUUAGAAAAGGCAGUAAGUGAUGCAAUUAAUGACAUUCUUACAGAAUACACAAGUUCAUGUGACUUUUCAGUCCCUUAUCCUAGUAUAGAGAAGUGAAGUAACCUCAAUUUUUAUUCAGCAGAAGGUAAAAAUUCUGUCGGGAGCCAAUACAAUGCUAAUCUCUUUAGUUCUGGUUUAUUCCAGAUAUAAUAGAACAUUCAGAGUACUGAGUGGACUCCUGGCGAUCUUUAUUAAUUAACACAUCCAACAAUAUUUAGCAAACCUUUGACAAACAUUGACAGAAACUGACUUGGCUUUCAGAAUUGUGGGAUAAAAGCCUCUCAGGUAAAAAUUGAUAUCUGGACUUCCAGAAAUUCCUGACAGUACCAGCAGGUAGACCUAACAGUUUUUCCAUAAGAAUAUAUUUUAUUUGCUCAAAUUGUUUUUAUAAUUUUUAAUGAAGUUUAAUUUUUUAAAAAUUAUAAGUGGGAGCUAAGUUAUGGGUAUGCAAGGGCAUACAUUGUAGUAUAAUGGACACUGGAGACCCAGGAGAGGAGAGGUUGGGAGAGGGGUGAGGGAUGAAGAAUUACCUGCUGAGUACACACUACACAAUACGGUUGACAGGUACGCUAGAAAUCCAGACUUCACCAUUAUACAAUUCAGCCAUGUAAUCAAAAAACACUUGUACCCCUAAAGUCACUGGAAUUUUUAAAAGAUAAUGUUAGGAUUAUUUCAUGUGGGCAAUAUAAUUUUUAUUUUAACAGGUGCCCUAGGUUAUUAUUCUACACUAUGAGUUUGCCAAUAUGUUAAGCAUUUUCACAAGCAGUACCCUACUUAAUUUGUCAAUCCUCAUAAAAUCUUGAGAGAUAGGUGCUAAUAUGACCAUCUUUUAAUGGAAAUUAAGUAACUCGUCCAAAGUCCUUUAUCUGGUAAGUGAGGGCAUGAACUUGAAACCUGGGUGAUAUGACAGGCACAUCCACACGGCUUUCCACUCACAUACACAUCAGCUCACAAAUAAACAAACAAACAAAUAAAUAAAUAAAGUACCCUAAAGCAGUGUUUACUCAAAGACAUUAAAAAAGUUAAUAGAAUCUUUUUCAUUUUCUUCCCUUGAGGAUGAGAAGAAGGCAUGUCAGAGUCCCUAAUCCCCUGACUACCUGCCUUUUCCCCACAGAGAGCAGUGAGUGAUCAGAGAAAAUAAAUGGACAGGGAAUCAACCUCUCUAACGUCCUUCCUUUUCCUUCCACUUACUUAUUUUUAUUUAUUUUUUUUGGUUGGUG